UGGGAAUCGGCCAAGGCAAACAACAGAGCAGAGGGGUCGCCGGGGAGGACGCCAGGACAAACAUGAACAACCUCUUCUCCAGGGAUGUCCAGGUGAAAAGCAUGGAGCAGACGGUGAAACACGCCGAGCAGUACCUGGGGGAGAUCUGCUCCCUGCUGGCCUCCUACACCAGGAAGACGGCCAAGCUCAGAGACAAGGCGGACCAGCUGGUGGCUCAGCUCUUCGACUUCUCCAGCAGAGAGGACCCAGAGCUCCAGAUCGGCCUGAAGAACAUGGCUGAAGACCUGGCCAUGGUGCAGGACUACAGGCAGGCUCAGGUCGAACGACUGGAGACGAGAGUGGUUGCUCCACUGAAAACCUACGGAGACAUCGUGAAAAGCAAAAGGGCAGAUCUUAAGAAGUUCAGCACGGACGUCAACAGAGAGCUGAAGGAGUUGCGGAAACUGGAAAAAAUCCGACUGAGGAACCCGGCAGACCGACAGAGCAUUUCUCAGGCAGAAGUAAACGCUCAGAAGGCUUCCAGCAACGCCCAGCGCAGCAUCAGACAACUGGAAGAGACCAUGAGAGACUUCCAGAGACAGAAACUGGAGGACAUCAAAAGGAUUUUCACCGACUUCAUCACAGUGGAGAUGCUCUUCCACGCCAAAGCCCUGGAGAUCUUCGCCCACACGUACCACAACCUGGAGGCCAUGGACACGCACAAGGAUCUGGAGCUGUUCAGUGGACGGAUCAAGAUGUCUGAUUCUCUGGCUGGGCUUCUGGACCCCCCUCUGACCGGCUACUCUUCUCCCCUCAUGAGCCGCUACCCGAGUACUUCUCUGGCCUCCCCCAAAAGCCAAAGCCUCUCGACCACCGGUCAAAUCCACAGGAAACAUCACAGCCAGUAUCCUGACACGGUCCGGAGGUCUCGCACCACCUUACAACACCAGAAAGGGAUGGAGGAGGAAGAGGAGGAGGAGGAGGAGCUGGAGGAGAAAGAAGAGGAGGAAGAAGAAGAAGAGGAAGAAGAGGAUAUUUCUGAAUCAGAGACAGAAGAAGGUCAUCACUCCAGCAGGCAGUCCUACGCGGCUCAAUAUGCCGACAUGCGCCGACGGCAGAAGUGAACACGGCGUGUAGCCGUGUCGUCAUGUCAUAUUUACUAUAAACUGUAAAGUCGACGUCCAAUCAGAACGUCUGGGAGCACUUCAUGAUAACUACAUGCUAUUUAGCACUAAUGAGUAUGCGUAAACAUUUAAUUCAUCAUUCAUAAGCAUUGUUCCAACAUUUAACACUCAUUAGUAUGCAAUUCAUCGAUGGAUAUGUUUGCAUAUAAAACUGAUACUGAUGGGAAUCCAUUCAUAUAUUGUCAUGUAUAUGAUCUAUAUAUAUAUAUAUAUAUAUUUGGAAUAUGGGUCCCUGGAGACCUUGAGAAGAGGAUGAACUGCUUUAGUCGUGAUAAGGCAGUAGAAUAUCGGAAAUAUUACUUUCUGCAUUAAAUCUGUACAUAAAAUGUGUACGACAGCCUCAUCCAACAUGACUCGUGAUGCAUUUUAGGAACUCAUUUGAGCCGCGUGUCUUAGCCACUAUUGAUAUCAGCCCAAUAAUGUAUGACUUUUAUGAUGCAGAUGGUAAAAUGUUCCUUUUCAAACUUAAAAUAAAACGCUUGCAUCAGAUUUAUGAUUGAGUGGCAUCUCCUUCCUUAACCCUGAAAAGACGUCAUGCAUGUUGAGGAAAAGGCUUUUUGGGUAUCCUACUUUUAAAAAAAAGAGUAAUUUGAAAAACUCCAGGAACCAGGAAACAGCCGUAUUACAGUCAAUAAGUUGGUAUGCAGGAUUCUGAUGAGGAAACUCUCUCUCCCCCAUCACCUCAGACAUCCUCCAUCGCUCGCCCCUUUCAAAAUAUA